AUGGGGAUUGACUCCCAGCAAUCGAGUUUCACGGACGACGCGCCACCCUCGGAUAGCGAUUCAUACUUCUCAGGCUCUGAAGAAUAUGGGCACUCGUCCCUGUUCAAGCAAUUCCCCACGCGAGUGGAACUCCCACCUUUCACCCUCUCGAAACGGAUAUUUCACUGGACGGAGAAGAACUACCAACAAAGCAUUAGCCGCCUAAUAUAUAACCGAAUGGAAUUCAUCAAUGCCCUCCUUGCCCGGCCUCCCACCCAAGAAGAGACCGAUGCGCUGGUUUCGCAAACAUCCUCCACUCAGAACAUGCGCAAUUAUGGGGGGGCAAUAGGGCUGGGUGUUGGAUCAAUGAUUGCAAGGACAAAGGAUCCGAAACCGGUGACCGCAGCGAGUGAAACCGCCGCUCAACAGGUUACCCCAAACAGGCCACUCUUCAAGAUGAGCCUUAAAACAACGAGGGGAAGAUUUAUAAGGACCGCAUUUAUUCUCCCAAUAUUUUUAAUCAUAGGCAUCGGCAUCGGUGAAGCUGUCGGGGACGCGUACACCAAAGCUUUGGCGGCUACCGACCCUAGAUUCGCCCGGCUGAGAGAGGAGCUUUCACGUGCGGAUUCCCGGGAGCUUAAAGCUCGUCUUAAAAGGUACCAGGCGGAAAAAUUAGCUGCUGCUAAACGCGAGCUUCGUGACAUGCGUCAUGCGACCCAGCUCCAACAGUCAGAGUAUCAUACUGCUGAUGAUAACAGCCCGACCGGUGGCUAUGAACAACAAGGAGCCGCUGGGUCUUCAUAUAAUCAAAACCAGCCAGCCCUAACGGAAUCGAAAAUUUUGAGAGAAACCUACCGAUCACAAGGGGAGAACUCAGACUAUUCUAGCUCGUAUUCCAACGUGAAUGAUUAUUCGGGGGAUCAGCAGCAGCAGCAGCAGCAGGCAUCUUCCACGGUUCCUAGAAGCCCAUCUUCCAGCACAACGGGCGGAAAGAGUUUCUGGGAUGACGACGCUAGCCCUGUAAAUUCGGAUUUCGCACCCAACUCUGCCGACUCGUCCUCUGCACCGCCCUCUGGAAGCGCCUGGGCACGCAUCCGUCAGCAAUCGAUGAACAAUUCGUCUGCGGGCAACGGCGACUAUAGCGAUUCUUCAUCCUCUCCAUGGCAGAAACGCAAGGACUAG